GGGCGUGGUUUACUCGACGCUGUGUAGAUCUGUGGGACCGCCAAGCUAGAGCUUCCGAAGUGUUUUCGGCUGGCUGUUCUUUGUCCUCCAUUACAGCUCGGAUUCCCAGCUCGACUGUACAGCGCAGGCCCGAAGUAGCGCAGCCGCUCUGAGUCUGUAGUGAGAGUCCUCCCUUCGUCCCCUGGCCAUGGAUGAGCACUCGGUGCACCAGGCGGAGCACAUGACCACCAUCGAGGCCCACGCCGUCUCGCAGCAGGUGCAGCAGGUGCACGUGGCCACCUACACGGACCACAGCAUGAUGAGCGCCGACGACGACUCGCCCUCGUCGCCCGACGACGACGUCUACGACGACUCGGACAUCCUCAACUCCACGGGCACUGAUGAGGUCACCGCCCACCUGGCUGCCGCAGGGCCAGUUGGAAUGGCAGCAGCUGCCGCCGUGGCAACAGGAAAGAAACGCAAAAGGCCUCACAUCUUUGAAUCUAAUCCUUCUAUCCGAAAAAGACAACAGACAAGAUUGCUUAGGAAACUGCGGGCCACUCUGGACGAGUACACCACGCGUGUGGGCCAGCAGGCCAUUGUGCUCUGCAUCUCGCCCUCCAAGCCCAACGCCGUCUUUAAAGUGUUCGGUGCCGCCCCACUGGAGAAUGUUGUGAGGAAAUAUAAGAGUAUGAUCCUGGAGGACCUGGAGAAUGCGCUGGCUGAACACGCACCUCCUGGAGGGGACCUGAGCUCUGAGCUGCCCCCUCUAACUAUUGAUGGCAUACCUGUGUCUGUGGACAAGAUGACGCAGGCUCAGCUCCGGGCCUUCAUCCCAGAGAUGCUGAAGUACUCCACAGGCCGUGGGAAGCCCGGCUGGGGCAAGGAGAGCUGCAAGCCCAUCUGGUGGCCAGAGGACAUCCCCUGGGCUAACGUGCGCAGCGACGUCCGCACCGAGGAGCAGAAGCAGAGAGUGUCAUGGACACAAGCUCUACGCACCAUCGUGAAGAACUGCUACAAGCAGCACGGGCGUGAGGACCUGCUCUAUGCCUUCGACGACCAUCAGGUCGUGACCCAUCAGCCGAUGGCCACACAGGCCACCCACAGCAUCGCACACCUGGUGCCCUCACAGACAGUGGUGCAGACUAUCAGCAACCCCGACGGCACCGUGUCACUUAUCCAGGUUGGCACAGGACAAACCGUGGCGACCCUCGCCGACGCCUCGGAGUUGCCAGGCACGGUAACCGUGGCGCAGGUCAACUACUCGACGGUGACGGAUGGCGAGGUGAUGAGCUGGACGACGUUGCAGGGCGGCGAGAUGACUAUUCAGACCACACAGGCGUCCGAGGCCACGCAAGCCGUGGCGUCGCUAGCUGAGGCAGCCGUCGCUGCCUCUCACGAGAUGCAGCAGGGGGGGACCGUUACCAUGGCGCUCAACAGUGAGGCGGCAGCACACGCAGUGGCCACCCUGGCAGAGGCCACUCUGCAGGGCGGUCAGAUUGUGCUGGCGGGAGAGACGGCUGCCGCCGUAGGAGCGCUGACCGGGGUGCAGGAUGGCAGUGGUACGAACAACUACAGCCUGGUUCAGAUCCCUGUCAGCAUGUACCAGACCGUGGUCACCAGCCUCGCCCAGGGAAACCGGCCCAUGCAGGUGGCCAUGGCGCCGGUGGCCACACGCAUCGAGAACACUGUGACACUCGACGGACAGGCCGUGGAGGUCGUGACCUUGGAACAGUGACAUACCACCCCCCUGCAGGUGUUUGGAAUGGGCAGCAUCGACCACCAGUAAAGCCCUUUGGGGGUUUGGGUCGUUGGGGUUGUGGUAUGCCUAUUUUGACGCACUGUAAUAUAUGUGUUGUUUAAAGACAAAAAAAUAUUACUAUAUAUUUUUGACUUUUUACACCUGCAGGGGAUUCACAAGUUCCAGGAAUGGAUCAUUAUCAAUGCAUUGUUUACUGUGUAAAAAGAGGAUGUGUUUCUUUUUUGGGUUUUGUUUUUAUUUGUUUUUCAUUAUGGAUUUUCAUUUUCUUUUUUUUAGCUUUCUGAUGUUAAGGAUCUAGAGUAUUUAGUAUUUAUUUUUUAAACUUGUGUUCAGCAAAGCAGAAGGAAGCAAACCAAAAACCGAGGGUGGGACGGGGUCGAGCCUGUGGCAUACCCCCACACUCUCUCACGACCACAGAACUCCAUUUUGUCCUUAAGUGUCCAUUGCUUUUUCUUUUCUUUUCUUUUUUCCCAAGCUCUCGGAAUGAAGCAUUUUUGAUCUGUAGGUUGCAGGCACCGGCAGGUCCCCCCAGGAUGUGUCCCAUCUUUCAUUCACUCUUGUCCCACACCCUCAGUGUGUAUUGCCUUCAUCACAGACUGCAUUAAAUGUGACUGUUUUCCAUCAUGGUUGUGGUCACUUUGUUUCCAGCUCAAUGCACAAGGGUACGUUUAAUACUCGCAUUUUGGUUGUUCAUAUUUGUAUAUUGAACAAAGAUUGAUAGUGACUUCAGCUAAAAAUGGGUGGCCCGGUGUCUGAGGUGUGUUUGUAUGUAUGUCUGAACUGCCAAGGAAGCCAUUUUGAAAUCUGAAAAGUACACUGCCUCUGUUUGUCCGUCACAUACUCAUCUGGUGGCUUUCCUGGGUAUUUUAAAUGCAUAUCUACUAUGAAAAAAAUGCUUUGUGUGUGUGCGUGUGUAUGUGUGUAUCUCCCUUAGGGGUGUUUCCCAUGUGCACCAUUUUAUACAUUUUCAUUAAAAAGAAGAGGAAACAACAGUAUCCAUUUUAAUGGAACACUAUUUAAAGAAAAUGUAAUUGGAAUUUCAAAAAGAUAAAUUGUAUGUUUGGAGGGGGCUGAACGAUUGAUAAUGAGGUAUUCAAGGCAUGUGGUCUGUGAGCUCCAAAUAAAAUAUUGACUGUUCACAAAAAAAA